AUGUACCUCUAUGGUGACUUCAUGUCGGCCUUGCUCCAUAGGACCUUCGAUCACGAGGAGUGCCUCAAAGUACCUGCUCUGGACUUUGUGGCCUACGGUUUUCAGAUGCAUCAUGCCUGGCCCAUGGAAUCGACCCGGGGAGUUGGGCUGUAUCGCCUCUUCUGCGACACUGUCAGGAUUCAGUGGAUCCUUCUUCUCUGCUUUGCCGCGAUCUCAAACCACACACUGCUUGCUGCACAGAUCCUCUACUUAAAGCUACUUUUUGGUGCCUAUGGCUCCGCUGUCGGGCAUUUCUAUGCACACUUCCCCGAAGGCUCGAGGCCCUUUGUCGUUCGUAUUCUGCAGCGCUUGCAUCUGUUGCUGCCCCCGCAGCAUCACGCUGUCCAUCACCGUGAGCCCUACAACGAGAACCUGACCAGUGUGAGUGGGCUGACGGACUUUAUCGUGAAUCCGUUGCUGAAAGACUGCCCGUUUCUGCCCGCGCUGCUCACGCUGCUGGGUCUUUCCAUUUUUGAUAUCCGACUGAUCGAAGGCUUGUAUACUGGCCUCUUCUAG